CCCCAAGACUGAAUGAACCGCUAAUAACUAAAUAGAUGGUGGAUCAACUGCAUCUUCGCUUUCCGAGCAGGAAUCAUCGAUCAAAUGUGCACUGAAGGUGGCGUCUGCGCCGAUGAGAAGGGUGCAUAUGCAAUCGUAUUGACAAACGACGAAGAAAUUAGCACAGACACUGCCGAGUCUUUCGCAUACCGGUGUAAAACAGGUGAGAGAGAAAAGUUAAGGCUCCUCAAACCAGGACCUUCUCGGUCAACCUCGAUCAGAGUACUCCGUUCACAAUCAUUGCGCUCGUUUUGGGCACCCAGGGCGGGGGUCCGGUAUGAUGGGCUGUAAGUUAGCAUAUAUCUGAUUUAUCAUGGCUACACCGUACUAAGGUGCCAUAGAUAUAAAAUAUGUGGCUGGUCCUUGCUUCCCACAGCAAGUUACGAUGCAUCACAUGGUCUGACAUGGGAAGUCCGCCUGGAGAGAAUCCGGGAUCAGCUGGCCAUGAAAGAUGUUCUGGAGCACCCACUGGCCGCCGAGAUGGACGAUUACAUCGAGUACAAGCGACUACGGAAGUUGAGUCGAGACGCUUUGCACUCUCGAGCCGUUCAGCAGAACGGUUACAGGGCUGAUGAGUUUCCUCGGCCUCCACGCAUGUCACCCCUGCGAACGACGUCCAUUGAAUUGGGGAAUAUGUCGCUAAGGCAGAAAAGUGCUGGAAGUAUCUCAACCUCGGAACUGGAAGUUCUCCCGUUCCAGCAUAUUCGACCGUCUCGAACAAGGCAGCAAUCCGCAGCGAAGCCACACGACCUGGGGUUAGCGGCACUGGGUAUGAGCUGGAACCCAUCGUUUGAGCAAUCGAAAGAAAACGUCCCAAAGAGGACGGUGCAUCUGCUAGACGAAACUCGGAGCUAUUUCAGCGGAAAUUUCGAAUACAGAGGGGAUGUCCGGACUGAAAGAGAAGCAUCCGAACUGUCUCGGGCCUCCAGGGAGCGAAUCUUGAGAAAGGUGAUGCGACGGAGCUUGGAUGGAUCCCUGAUGGAGUCUGACAGUGACCUCUUUGAUACUCCGAUGACUUUGGAGAGCGAUAUCGAGGAGUCGGCGGAUGUAACGGCGUCAGCAAGCCCGUUAUUUCGCAUGCCAGACUGGAACCCUCGACCGCAUCAUCCACGCAUGGAGAUGCAGAAGGCGAGCGUCAGCCUUUCCGACGUUGUUCUCCAUAGAGAUCAUGGCCAGACACAACGACUUGCUCGAGCCAUCUUCGACCAGGUAGUGAAAGCGAAGGCCGGUCCUGAGGGGGUCAUAAGACUCCUGAAAGCCUUAGAUGUGGUAUAUCCCGAUCUAGAAUCUCCAGAAUAUCCAGACAUGAUGGUUCCGUGCGCGGACGAGGUCGAUGCAGGUAGCAUCGACGAGAUCCUUAACAAUCUUUCGCAAUUCCGGUUCUUGUCCGAGAGCCAAGCACGUUUCGAGCGUGCGGUACGAGACCUGAAGAAGCUGCGAGACACCCAGACCUUGGACUCGAUGCGAGCUGCGCUGCACUUGAAACAAUCCACGGACGAGUCUCCUCGAGGCACGAAGGCGUAUGCGGUAUGACCACAUGGGGAAGCGUCCAUCCGCACCAAUCGUCCUUCCAUCAUACUUCCGAAAGUGGUAGACUGGAGCGAAAUGAAGCGGCAGCGUUACAGCGCAGCGGCAUCCACGGCGGAGGUGACACAAGCGGAUGUCAUUUGGAAUUUUCCACGCAUGAUAGACGAGGAUACGAGAACUUACAUACCAGGCUGAGCGAAGACGGCGAGAUGACGACAACUAAUAGGGCUGGGUGUUGGGAUGGGUACUGGGUAGGCGAGAAG